CUUAGUAAAUUCUAUGUUUAGAGUGUGUGUACUACACUGUCCGAGAACAUGUGUUUUGGUGACUGUUGCACAUGAUAACACCGAUGUGUAAGCAACAGGUCUAACUCUCUCUCCCUGGAUAUAGCCGUGACAGGGCUGGAGGUGGGUGUUCCCGGGGCGGAUGUGUACAGUACACUGUAAGCAGCAGCAGCAGCACCAGCACAUAUACUGUGCAGUGUGUGUGUACACAGUACUGAGGCCUCCGGCUGCAUCUCACACGGCUCAUGCACAUCUCGCCCCGCUCUCUCCAGUCAUGAUUACCUUGUUCCUCCGGCGCUGCUCCCUGGCCGUGGGCCGGGACUCCCCGCUGCUGGUGACAAGCAGGGCCGGGGCCACCCAGGGCAGAGCAGUGACGGGGGCAGCGGCAGCUGGAGUAGCAGAAACAGGUGACAAGAAGGUGAAGACAGUAGCAGAUCUGAGUGGACCCUCCCUGCUCACCGACCUGUACUGGGUCUUCCUGAGGGGAUACCUGCUCUAUAGCCAUGACUUACAGGCUAUAUACAAGAAGAAGUACGGACCCAUGUGGAAAUCUGUUUUAGGCCGAUAUAAAACCGUGUAUGUUGCUGAUGCCGAUGUUUUAGAGACAUUACUGCGGCAGGAGGGAAAAUAUCCUGUGAGAAGUGACAUGGAACUCUGGAAAAUACACCGGCGUCUCAGAGACCUGGCCUAUGGCCCAUUUACAGAGGAUGGUCACCGCUGGCAUACCCUGCGUUCUGUGCUCAACAAGAGGAUGCUGAAGCCAGCAGAGGCCAUGCUGUACACCGGGGUGGUAAAUGAAGUAGUGACAGAUUUUUUGAUCACUCUGGAUGACAUAAUAAAGGAAUCUCCAUCUGGAGUCAUGCUGAAUGAUGUAGCAAACACCCUGUAUAGAUUCGCUUUUGAAGGAAUUUCAUACAUCCUGUUUGAGACCCGUAUUGGCUGUUUGGAGAAGAACAUUCCACCUGAAACAAAAAAGUUUAUUGAUUCCAUAGGUGCCAUGCUGAAGUAUUCUGUUUUUGUCAGCAUUUUGCCUGCAUGGACCAAUAAUAUACUACCCUACUAUAACCUCUACAUUAAAUACUGGGACAACAUCUUUGCAUUUGGAAACAAGCUGAUAGAUGAGAAGAUGGAGAAAAUACAAGCGCGGUUGGAGCGUGGUGAGGAGAUACAAGGAGAGUACCUGACAUAUCUACUGUCAAGUGGCAAACUGACCAAUAAGGAGGUGUAUGGCAGUGUGGCCGAGUUGCUACUGGCUGGUGUGGAUACGACAUCCAACACCUUAAGUUGGGCCUUAUACCACCUUUCACGAGAUCCGGACAUUCAGAAAUCGCUUUACCAGGAGGUGACCACAGUUAUUCCAGGAGAAAAAAUUCCCACUGCAGAGGAUCUCUCCAAAAUGCCUCUGUUGAAGGCUGUGAUUAAGGAAACACUGCGGAUGUAUCCAGUUGUGCCAACUAAUGCCAGAGUGGCCGCUGAGAAGGAUGUAGUGAUUGGAGACUAUUCCUUUCCAAAAGAUACAUUGUUUGUAUUGGCUCAUUAUGUCAUGUCCCGGGAUGAGAGAAAUUUCCCAGAACCAAAUAAAUUUAAUCCUCGGCGAUGGUUACGAGAUCAGAAGAUAAAAAACAACCCGUUUAGCUCCAUCCCCUUUGGAUAUGGCAUUCGAGCCUGUGUUGGGCGUCGGAUUGCGGAGCUGGAAAUGUAUCUGGCCUUAUCUCGGAUAAUUAGGAAAUACGAUGUCAGACCAGACCCUCAAGGUGGAGAAAUUACAUCAAUGUCCAGAAUUGUUUUGACUCCCAGCAGGCCGAUAAAUCUCCAGUUUGUAGAAAGAAAUUCUGUCUGAUUUGUAGUAUACUUCUCGGCAAUAGAACAUUGUGGCAUAAACCAGCAAAACGAACACACUACAAUAUCAAUACUAUGUAUGAACAACCUUAAAAGAUUUAAAAAAAAAUGUUUUUCCACCUAAAAACAUUUACACAUUGUCUGAAACCACAGUACGUACCACUGCUGCCUUACACAAUCCUUUGAAAUGCCUCAUUCCAACUCUGACUCUUGUUUGCUCAUUGUACUGUAGUUUACUAUGUGGAACAAGGCAGCACUGUACAUGGCUUGAGGAUGGUCCACUGUCAAAGCCAAGUACAGGAAGGCAAGUGUAUAAUUGUAGUGUAGUCUGCAAGGGUGUAGUAUGGUAUGCCGGCGGCCGGGCUCCCGGCGACCAGCAUACCAGCGCCGGAAUCCCGACUGACGGCAUACCGACAGCUGGGUGACUGCAAAUGAGCCCCUUGUGGUGCCUUUCCAACAAGACGGCAGUUUCCGACUCUAAUUGAAUAUAUCUGAAAGUGUGUGUCAUGACCAGAGGAGGAUUUAGACCUCAUGUGGCCCUAAGCAAGAUACUGAUUUGGGGCACCCCUUCCUCAAACAAUACUCAGUGUGCCCUCUACCCCCUCCACCACCAAGCACUGAUAUCUAGUCAUUACAAUAUAUAAUGCAGGCACCCAUACCUUAUAAUACUUAUUAUUAUACCCAAUCACAUUAGUGUUACAUUGUAUACGAGUGCCUCCCCCCACCCCUUACUGAAUGUAGCAGCCUAGCAGGUCCCCCAUCUCUUAUAAUACCUAUUAUUACACCCCUCAGUCAUUGUGACUGUAUUCAUUAUAUAUCAGUGCGCCACUGAUUGUAGCAGGCAUCUCCUAUACAUGGUAGUACUUAACAUAGAGUAUAAUAGCAUAUUGAUAUAUCAAAAGUCAGUGUGUACCUCCCCCCAGCCCUGUUUGUAGCAGGCGGAUGUUUCGGUCAAUUUUGGUGAAGCUCGUAGUCCGCCGGAAAUGCCCUUUAUAUGGCCUUGUCGGUGGGCUCCCCUGGGACCAACAGGGCCCUAAGCAGCUGCUUUGGUUGCCUUGUGGUAAAUCCUCCACUGGUCGUGACAGAUUAGUGUGUCGUGACUUUAUGUCUGAUGUGUCGUGCAGAAUUGUGCCUUCACUUACGCAUUACGGCGGGUUCCAUGCGAGUAUGUCUACAGAGUCCAGCCAAUCAGCAUAGCAAGGGGCAGAAAGAUUAAUGUUCCACUGACUGGAUACAGGGCGCAUCUGUGAUGGAGAGAGUGAUUUCCCACUCUCCCCCCCCCCCAGUUCCACUGACUGCAUGGAACUGCAUUGUCCCAAGGGUGUCAGCUGUCAUUCCAUUAGCUCAGGGUCAGAGAGGAGCUGCACCAAGCAGACCGGCAGCCGCAGAUACCACUAGAAACGUUGCAAUCCUGGGGGUAAGAGAAAGGGGGAGAGUUAGUAUGGUGGGAGGGAGGUAUGGUAUAUUUUUUGUGUGGUUAUAUAUAAAGAAUUGCUGGGAGUGUGGGAUUUGUGACAACAGGAGGGAGUUUGGGUAGGUGUGAAUACAUUUGGAGUAGAAGAAUAGAGGAGGAAUAGGUGCUGGGACUAUAGAACAUGGUUUGUUUGUUUUUACUAGUAAGUAGUUGUAAUAAUUAGUAAGUUGUUAGAAAACUGGCACUUGAUGCAAUAAUUAUUAUGGUAAAUCUAACAUAUUUUAUUAAUACAAUAAAGUUAUUUUACGUUUA